AUGGAAGACGCGGGUCGCGCCGCGCGCAGCCCUGGGUCCGACCGCCGGCGGCGCGCUCACCGCUGCGCAGGGGCGACGAGCGCCCGGACUUCACAGGAAAUCAUUCCUCCCGGGUCUGAGACUGGGCGAGGGAGAGAGACUGAGCUGGGCUUGGGCUACGUUCUCAUCCGAAAUCAAGGGAAGCUGCCGGCCCCCACCGCGCGCGCCUCCUAUGCGCUGAAAUACGGGAGGCUGAACUGGAAAUCCAGAGAUGCCCUGGGAUCAGGGCUGAAGGUGGUGGUUGUGGACUGUUCUGCUCGCCACUGGUGGAAACAUGCGCGCCGCCUGUUGAGCUGCAGGCUGAGGUUGCUGGAGUGUGUGAGCCUGGUGGAGCUGACCUCACCGAAGGGCAGGGAGAAGCUGGGGGGCUGUGCCCUUCUCCCUCCUGCAGUAUGA